AUGGGUACUUUCGAUACAGCACCACCACGCUCGAUCCGGUUCCUUUGUAGAUCGAUUGCAAUUGCUAAGGAGAUCUUGGAUGAGUCAUCAACGUCGGCGUCAAGUAUAGAGCCAAUAAAAGCGAAACGACAGCGCACGGUUGAGACGUCCAUUGUCAAAGUGCGUCUUGUGGAACUUAUUCGCGACCUUGACGAGGCUCACGAAGAGAACGACAAGCACUACGGAUUGUUCGUAUGGCCCUCAGCGCAUCUGUUGUGUCGAUUCAUUGCUAGCGAAGCAGAUACAAUCUUUCGGAAUAAUGUCAUACUGGAACUGGGUUGUGGCACAGGCCUCCCGUCGAUUCUCGCUGGCUUGUGCGGAGCGAGGAAGGUGUAUCUAACGGAUCGGCCUGACGCAGCUGACAUCAAACGGAACGCCGAAGCCAAUAUUGAAGUUAACAAUAUCCAAACUCGCGCCGACUUCAUUCCUUUGAAAUGGGGCGACAUGCACGUUUCAGAUGAGGUGCUAUCGAUCUUUCGAACGGUCGAUAUUGUCCUCGCUGCCGACUGUUUCUACCAGUCCGAAGAUUUCGAGAAGGUGCUCGCUACAGUGGCUCUUAUCGUCCGCUGCAGUAGUUCAACCGCUUGCAAGUUUUACUUCACCUACCACCUCCGCAGUCUCAAGCGGUCUAUAGCACCUCUACUUGCUCGUUGGGGGUUUACCGCCAUGUCAUUCGAUAAGAGCAAAUUUCUGUCCGACGAGGGAGACGAUAGUGUCCAAGAUUUCGAUAGCAUCUAUCUCUACGAAGCUAGAUCUCUACUGUAG